AUGGCAGACGCCGCAGAUGAGGACUUUUAUCCUUUGGGGAGUUUCUACGUCACCGACAAGGAAUUUGAUAAGCUUCUUACAAUGACCUUCGAGACUUAUAUGAUUUCACCCUGGACGAACAAGAUGGAAGACACGUGUAGACAUCCUGUGGAAAUUCCCAUCUGCAUCGGAGGAGCAAUGGAAGCUCCACCGGAAAACACAGUACGCCAGCUAUCUGAACUGCUUCUUCGUGACUGUGACUCCUUCGAGGAAUGUCGAGCCUUCUUAUGCCCACAGUCAGCUGUUACUGUAUUUCACGUACUGAUUGACAUUUUCAAACGCAUGGAAAAUGCCAUAUUUCCCAUCUCAGUGAGGACAGCUAAAGUGGUGGAAAAACUUGUGCUGAUGGAGCCCGUGCACCCUUAUGACUUCAAAUUGGCCGACGUGCUCUACAAGGAAUCAAUGGCCUUCUGCACCGAUACAGGCGGGAAAGGCCAUACCGAUAAAAAGGUUAAACAGCCGGAUAAUAUCGUGGACUUUUUGAGUACUUUCUAUAACUGCAGCUAUGUGGGCAAACAACAGAAAUGGCGUCUGGUUAACGUGUUCAAUAAACGCAUUUUUCACGACCUGCAUCUAAUUGAGAGUAACCUGCGGCGCAAUACUAUAAGGUUUGUUCUAAAAAACUUUCUGCACAUCGCUCGCCGCUACGUAAUAUCGAAUCUCAUAACACUGAGGAGAAAACGCGACGAAACUUGGACCUUGAACACUAUCACAACACUUCCUCAUGUCACAGAGUUCGUUUUGAAGACCAUCGCAACCAACUUUGCACCACACUUCUUUCGGUUUCAUCCUACAACUUGUCUGCAGGCGGAUCUGGCCAUCCGGCUGAUGAUCAACAUUUUUUGCGCCAACACUGACCGGGCAUGGAUGCCGAAACAACCAUUAAACUCUAUCCUUAUUAAUAUGGAACCGUCGCUGUGUCAUGAGCGUUGCGUCUGUGGACGCGGUGAAGUGGGGGGACAGCAUUCUCUUGCCAAGUUUGCUCAUCUGUAA